CUGAGGUUUGCUUCCAUGUUCUGUCGUAAAAUUUCCUCUGUACCUAUGCUUAAAUGAUUAAAUUUUAUCGGGGAAUGAAGAUGUUUGAAAAGUAAAACCAACAAGAUUGCAACAUAUAUUAUAACGAAAAUGCGUUCACUUUGAUAUCAUGUACGAAAGGAAUCGAUUGCUGGAUUUGGGUUACUAGCUCCAUGGUUUUGAAUCUCGUAUCGACGUCAGCAUUAUGGACUACUUACUUAUAUCUAAGAUUAUCAUCUUGUUGUACAAAGAAAUACAAAUAAUAGCUGUUUUGAUGAUGCCAAUCCUCAAAAUGAUUUCACCGCACUCCUAUGUAGGUCCCUAGGUGUUUAUGUUGGUGGAGACAGCCUCGAUGUUAGUUUAUGAGCCAUUCGGCGCCAGGCCUCUUUGGCGCAAAGAGCCGUUGACCGAAAAGCAGUGGCAGUUUUUUUUGUAGAAAAGGACUUAAUUUUUCAAAAAACAUAUGAGGUUCACAUUCACCACAACGAGUGUGACGAUGCGGUGUUGGUGAGUCUGAUACGAGGGACGAUAUCCUAUUCUGUUUGGGACUGCUUUCGAAAAACCGGCGCAUGCCUUGAUGGCCGAAAGUAAAAGACCACCGAGAGAAUUGAACAAGAACAAAAGAGCCAUGUCAGUUCGUCGACCGCCACCGUCUUUCGAGUUAUACCUCGUCGCAGGAGCUGACAGCGCCGACGUGAACGAUGACGUGCGCUUCAUUUCGUCGCAAGAGCUUGCAGAGAAUGGCUUGUUGCUGGAGCGCGCACCUGAAGUUGGCAAUGUGGGAACGCUUACGCGACCCGAUGAAGGAUUUUAUGUCCCGGUCGCACGGUUCAAGCAGUACCUCUUCGGAACGUUAGGCGGUUCACUGCUACGACGCUAUGACGAGGAAUGCAUCGGGCGAGGUGUGGGCACAACUCUGCCAGAGAUCCGAAGGAUGGCGGCGGCUGGCCUUCGCAAAGAGCACCCGCGUGAGGAGGAGCAGGUGGCUGGAGAACCCCAUAUUAAGGAAACCCGAACGAAGUUGCCGUCGAUAAUAGGCAAUACCCUCGGAGCCAGGGGAGCUUUCGAUCCAGGCGCGCUCAGGAGUAGUCCAAGCAGGGUGCGCAUUGUCGAGUCUGGCAAGCGUGGAGACGAAGCCGAUGAAGAGUCACGAUCGGAUGGGGAGCCUGGCGCACAGUCGCCGUCGAUUAUUGGCCUCGAUAAGCAGAUCUACAACGCAGGGCAAACUGGUUUACAGCGUGAAAGAAAACCAGACAGUAGCUUCAAGGAACAACCGAAUUCAUUGGCCGAUCAAGACCAGAAGAAUGAGCAGGAUGCGAACGGUUUUUUGUUGAAGGCAUACACAAUUUCGAGCUUCUUACAGCUGAGUUCGUUGAAUUUUGCGGGCCGAAAAUGGCUUCCGUCACCGCGCUUUUUAGACUUGCACUACAAUCCGUCGAACCCCAUGGACACUGGUAAGAACUUCGCUAUCAACGUUACUCUCGAGGACCGGGAAGUGUUGUUUUUUCCAGUUAUUGGGCCGCCACGGUUGCAGGUAUUCAUACUUGAAAUCUCAGACAAACUAGUCGGUUUACUUGUCUGCGAUUCCCUUCUGCUCAGGAAGGUCUAGCUCUUUUGUUGUGAUGUCAAGAUGUAUUAGAGAUUCAAAUCUCUACUUCUGGAUUGAUAACAGCUGCAGGUAGGUAUUGCCUCCACAUGCUGUAUCUGGGGAAGCGAAGCUUGUGUCUGGGCGCGACUUGGAGUUUCGAGGCAUGGUUGCCGACCGAGAUCGAAGCCACUCGCAGUUACUCGUCCAGCGCGGCGCCGCGUUCACGCUCGCGGGAGGUCCUGAAUACUUGUCUUCUAGUGAGGACGAUGCUGAAGAUCAUACCGGCAACAGGUCUGCGACUUCGAGAAAGGACAAAGACGCUAAGCCUAAGACGAUUCUUUCUGCUACUCGCGACAAUACAGGUCUUCAUCUGUAUCGGAUCUCUUUGACGAGAAAACGGCUUUCGAUGGAGGAGGACGUGCAACCUCUGAUAAGUCGGGACGACUUAUUCAAUGUGGUAUUGCCAGACGUUUUUGACGUGUAUUCGUCAAGCGAUGAGGACGCCGCAGAUGCGGAGAGUCGCGCGAAGCGGGAUGUCAUGUGCGCACUUCCUAGUGCUUUUCCGCCGUCCUCCAGUACGAGUAAUCGUAAAGCGGCUAAGGACCAUCGAGCAGCUUUUUCUUCUGCACCUAGAAGGGACGGGGAUGGUUCGCCGGAAACUCUAAUGACCAGGCAGAAAAUCAAGAGGCGAAAGAAGCGACCACGCAGAGUCGCGUGGAAAGAGGCGAAGACACAGCGCCGCGUCGUGUGUUUCAAUCGGACAUGGCGAAAAACAGCGGAGGGACUGCUUGAGAGCUUACUUGGAAACUCGUGUCAGCCUGUCGUCUGGGAAGACGAAGAGCAACCCAGUAAAAAGACGACCACGGCGUCUGUUAGUGUUUGCAAAAGUAAGAACACUGGAAAUAAGACGAACGGUGCAGCUGCGGUUAUGGAACAUGAAUGUGCAAAUGGAUCGAAAAAGGCGUUUUGCCUCGACGACUUGAUGGAGCGCUACGAGAUAUUUCGUACUUUGAUUUGGUCAAAAAUGUCGGACCCAAAAACGCUUGGCGAAUGUCUUACGGCGUGCGGGUCUCGCUCAAGCCUCUUUGCUGCUUUGUCUGCGAUCGUAGGACGCGAGGUCCGCAAGCAGGACUCUCAAACGAGUGGUGAUAUUUUCGAUUCCGGGGGCUCCGGAGGACAGCCUCAACGCAGGAAAACAGCGAAGGAGAAAGCGUUACUACGAAAACUGCGGAAAUGGGUACUGCUUCCGUGGCAAAGACUCGGUCCACGCAUAGCGACGCUUCGGGAGAUGCGCUUCGUGCUCCAGGAACUCUUUGAUUUGGUGUCUUCUAAUGACGCUUUCACGAUCGAUAGCACUGAUAACGAACUGCUUGACUUGCUGUGCGCAGGAAACGACGAUAGCCGGAAUGUGGAUGAUGUUGUAGGCAAGAAUCGGAACCACGGACAAGGACACUCCGAGUCGUCGAAAGCUGCUUCAGCCGCAUCACAUCAAGUUAGUGGAAGCGUUCGAUACGAGUGUCGUGAUGUGAUGCGUGCGGGAGGCGAAAAUACAGGUGGCAAGAGCCAGCGAGCAGGGCGAUGCCAGAAGGUGACGCGCAUUCUCGAAACAAACGCCGCCGAAAUCGUUCGCAACGUUCAUACUGCACACGCGAAGGGCGCGCUUGGGAGUACCAGGAUAACGCAAAGCAGACUGGUAUUACCGCACCGCAAGAAUGACAGUGUCGGCGUUGAUGGAGCACACGAAGAAGAAGACUGUAGUACCACUCACACAGCCGUGAACUCGUACAUAGAAGAUGGCGAAAAUUACGCUGCGGAAACGGUGCUUUUCGAUUUCAAUCCAGCGAGGUUGCGACCGAUGAAAAAGCAAUUGUGCUUGCGGGCACCCGCUGGUGGGGAGAAACUCCCUGUCUACACAGAAAGGGCAGACUUGGAAGUUCUACACAAAAAGGGCAAAAAGGGCGUGAAGAACAAUAUGCCAGACACAAGCGACGGUGAGCAUGCUUCCGAUAGAUCGGCAUAUGAUCCGACGAGAGACGGCAACAAGCGCGACGCCGCACAGCAUCGUGGACCUUCGUCGAGUCCGUCGCCCAAGCGCAGUGCAUUGACCGGAGAAGUGAUAGACGAGGAGAAGGAAAAGCGGCACCGGUUUCGUUUUGGGAAGGAUGACACUGCAACUCUGAUAGGCAAAUCGACCGUCCGGAUGACAAAAGAACUGACAGACGUACUAGGUGGUGUUUUCAACCUUUCUGGUGAUGAAGCCGAGGAUGAUGCUGGAGGUGGAGACGGAAUCAGCAUGGGCGUUGGGGGUGCUGGACCAAGUAGCAUGGCUAGUGGUGGUGGACACGGAUGUAACGGCUCAGCUACGAUGUUCGCCAAGAAUCGUUGCCUCGUUCCGUUUUUCCACGUGUUGUGCCAGAAUGGGCCAACGGAUCUGCUCGAAGACCUAAUCCGUCUGUGGGAUCGUGGCGAUUUGCAUGCGUUGGAACGCUUCGUGCUGCCAGACGAGUUACACCCGCAACCAGAAUAUCAUGCGCUCGCAUUCGAAGAGCAGGAGGCACGUGCGCGAUUGCGCGGCCGCACUUUGGCAUCAGGUUUGGGAUCACCGAAAGCGCAUGCGCACAACCAGGGACAGAGUGACCUGGGUUUUGAUGACGAGGCAUCAACAGUGAAGAAUUUACCGGUUUACAGCGCUAGUACUGGAGACAAAAGCUCAAAGGCGAUAAUCGAUAUCGACUCGAUAUAUGAUGGAAGUGUGCGGCUACUGACGGAAAAUGAAGUUGCUCAAAUUGCAGCAGCUGGCGAUCUUGCCUCCUCGAUGAUAACUGACGCUGCUGCGCGGGGCAAGACCGCAAAAAGGACACCAUGUUGUCGCAGUCCUGCAGAAUCUGUAAGAGAUAGUAAAGCAACGCCGACUUCUUCUCCUUCGUCGUUGAACAAGAAAAGCCCAAUGAGAGCGACCUUCGUGCGAGGAAUCGCAGCCGAUACGUCCAUCCCGCUCGGUGAGCGGCUUGACGCGCAUGACGCAUGGCUUAAGCGCACGGUCUUUCUGGCCACGCCUAUGCACGCUGCCGCGAAAGGAGGUCGUAUCGACGUCUGUCGCAUGUUGCUACAGUGCGAAGUCGAUGCUUUGCGGCGAGACUCUUACUUCGGCCCAAAAGGCCGUGCUGGUCGUCGUUUUGCGCAAAACUUCUCUGGGAUUUUGGAGGCCCGCGACCAAAAGGGUUGGACGCCGUUGCUGAACGCGUGCGAACGGAACGAGUUGCCGAUGGUGCGGUUCCUAUUGCGACAGCGUGCAAGUCCCAAUACACGCGGAUCCGUGCGCGGCGAAACUCCACUUUACUUGGCAACAGUGCGUGGCAGUGUGCCUCUUGUCAAGCUUCUGCUCGAGUGGGAUCGUCGGCAAGCGACACUAAGUCUUGACCCAGAUGGCCGCGUUGUUGUAGCAGUAGCUCGCAGCGGAUCAGCAAUAAAAGAGACUUGUGCCAGUAUGCCGCCUAUCAACAAGUCGGCAGAUACAGUCGUGACUUCUUCUGCGUCAUCGUUUUACGAAGAUCUAGUGGGAACGCAGGACGUGGCGAAAGUAGAUGACGUUUUUGAUCGCGAAGACGACGAUCCACCAAUUGUCGAUACGAGCUUGUUGGAGACGAGUAUGCAGGAUUCUGAAUCUGAAGCCUCCCCUUCAGAGGACGCGAAAAGCUCCGCAGCGGGCUCGCAAGUUUCCUCACGGCGGAAAAGCGAUGAAAAAACCUCGAUAAACGAAGUUCAAAGCCUGAUGAUGAACAAUAGUCCCGAUUCUAGAAAACAGCCGAGAAGUAAGCGUACACGGAACGCGGCUGUUUCCGCGCCGAACUACGCAGCACUCGUGCGAGGCGAAAAUGACGGCUAUUUGGACGAUUAUUUUCGCGAUGUGGCUGUCUUCGGUAAAACAGAUGAUGGUGGGUCUUCAAGUGAUAACUCGCUGUUUUCAGACGAAAAUAUGGCUAUGAGCGUGCCGCGACGAACGAGAGCAGCAGAGGUUUCGAGGUCCGGAGCGACGGCUCUGCGUCGGGGAGCGGGCAGCUUCGGCAACAACACAAAAACUUCGGCAUCCAAGGCAGAAGGGUUUGUGUUUCCCCGACUUGAUCUCAAUCCGCGCAUAACACAGACGGGAGAAACGCCGUUAGCUCGAGCAUGCUGGGACGGCGAUGCUGAAAUUGCCAAGCUUCUGCUUGAAACUCUAGUUAGUGCAUCAUCAAAUCAAAAAGAGGAGCAGACGCAACCACCUGACAUGCGGAACAACCCUCAAGAGACAAACCGAGUCCACAUCAACACGCGUGAUGGAGCUGGACGGACACCGCUGCUGCACGCGAUAAUGGGUGCGAAACCGGCUCAAAUGCUCAAAUUACUUCUCGACUAUCGAUUUUCACAGCAACCACGUCGUGAUCCUUCCAGGCGAAAGAGAAGACAAAGUAAGAACAUAGCAGGCACCAUGAACAACAGUAAGGGGGCACACCAACAACAACUAUCAGUGUCACCGGAAAAAACUACCGCUGUCAUUCCAACCAAGUUGCUGAGUCCGCGUCGCCAACGCCAGAUGCAUUUUGGAAAGGACGCUGUAUUUGCUGACGACGCUGCCCUAGAACUACCGGACAACUCGCCGUUCCGCAGAAAACCUGGCUCAUGGAAAGCUGAUCUCGGAUCGCCGAUGAACAAGCUCUCGGCUAGUCCAUCAGGUAGAGGCACAUUACUUCCUGCGCUUGUGCCACCACUUUACAAGGAAGACUUUGGCAAUGAAGUUGGGGAGAUGGGAAAGAGUCCAGGCACAGGCAAUUUGUUUUCUCCGAAAGCAAAUCGUGGCGACCUGGUCGUGACCGCGGUAGAUUCCUCAGACGAAAAAAGCCCACACACUGCACUGCCAGGGUAUCUACUUCCUGCAGAGGAGGAAGUUUUGGAUCUGAACACGAAGCUGGUCGUUUCUGGACGGACCGCUUUGAGUCUUGCUGUCGAUUUCGAGAAUCAUGCUGAAGCGCUGGUAAAGACAUUGCUCACGGCGGAUCUUAUUUUUCAGCAUCUUCCUGCGCGGUUGACUCGCGGCCACGCGCCACUUGACGUGAACGCUGCGGAUGUGCUGGGGGAAUCGGCUCUCUUCAAAGCGGUAGACGCAGGUCGCUUGAAGUUGGUCAAGCUGCUGCUAUCGCACAAUAGCAUAGACGUUAAUCAACGUGUCCUGCUGCCGGUGGAUCAAAUAAGCGGGAAAAGCAAGCGAACUCCCGUUGCUGCCGAGGCGGAGGCGCCCGUUGAAGCGGAUGCGGCUGACAAAAAUGCGAAAGGAGAUGACGCAGCGGAUGAGGGAAGUCCGCCUUCCGCUGUCGUGUCGUCAACAUCAAAGAAAGCAGUGCAUUUUGCCGGCAAUGAGGAUGCCAAGAAGAACAAGAAACACAAAGAAGGUGUGUCUGCCAAGAAAAAGAAAAGAAAGAAGAUCAAAGGGCGUGAUGUCACGAGAAGUGGGUCAGACAGUAGUAGUAGUAGUAGUAGUAGUAGUAGUAGUAGAAGGCCCAAACGGGGAAAAAGGAGGAAAAAUAUGACAAGAGACAGUAGUCCCGAUUCAGAUGGAACGUCGGGUGUCAUCCAAAAGGCCUUGAAGCUUGUAGAUACCAGGGAAGGCAGCCAUCGGGCAUCAGACCCGGACUCGGUUGAAGAUAGUUCGCCACCAAAAGGUAGUCCUAUUCGUGAGAAGUCAUCAGGGGAAGGAAUUGCGGGAGCCGCAGCUGUGACAUCGAAAACGAUCGCUGAUCUAUCUCCCGGGGGAAGAACGCGAGGGUCCGCCACCACACCGGUUCAGGGCGCAACUGCCGCUCCCGUGACACGCAAAACAAUACCAGAUCUGGCGUUUUUCAACCGCAAUAGUCCGACGCGCAAGAGUUCGCCUGGUGGCAAGACCAAAAAGAGUGAUGGAUCCACGAGGCCUCCAGCGAAAAAACCACCACCUAAGCGACAGCAUCCUUCGGAGGGCAAGACGCCGUUCCUGCGUGCAGUGGAGCUGAGGAAUGUGGCACUUGUUCAGGCGUUUUUGACAUGGGACCAACACUUGAGAGACGCAAACUUCUUCUUGCCAGAAGAUUUGGUCGCUAUCGCAACAAAGCAAGAGGCGCAGACAGCACAGGAAAUCGCCAUAGCUGAGGGGGAGAGAACGGAGGCACAACGCAAGGACGGAGUACAGGGUCUGUAUGUGCUAGGCGGCGAACAAGCUCUCAAACAGCGCGUGGCCGAUGAGUUCCGAGCUCAGGGCGAAGACGUAUCCGACGCCUUAGAAGAAGGAGGCUCCUCCCCCGAUACUGGGAGUCCUACGUCUGCUACUCACAAAGCAGGAAAGAACGGAAGUUCACCAUCUACCGCAGCUAAGCAGACCAAAGGCGGCAAUACGCAGAAGAGUAAGAAAGCCACACUGAAGGACUUGGAUCCUCCGCCACCUGAAAUACCGGACUUCAGGUCUGAGGAGCCUGUCUUGCAGGAUAAAAUCGAGUUUUGGAAUUCGGAAAUCGCUCAAAUUUUUCGACUCACAGUUAUCGUUGGUAAGAAGGUAUCCUACACUUCCAGGGCGCUGCGCUCGUGGCACGGAAAAAAGUGGGACACAGCUCAGGUCGUCAAGAUUCACAAUUGGCAUGAUGAAGACGUUGCCACGACAGCAUCAAAAGAACAGAAGUCUCUCUCGUCCAGCAGCGUGAAUGACAUCCGCAUUACGCUAGAGCAGGAAACGGGCCGCGGUGGCACAAAGCAGUUUCAUGUAGCCCGGCACCAAAUAAAGGAGAUAGCCGAUGCAGAACGCAUCAAGCGCGAGCGGGUGAAGUCGUUUUUGAACGCUAGGGUCAAGCAAAGGGCAACACGGGAGCAAGCAAAGGGAGACGCGCUGAAAAUAUUGAUGGAGACUAUGGUCGAACAAGACGCGCAAUUGGCUAGUCAGAGUAAGCGCAAUAAGUACUUGCGCGACACGACUGCUGCUCAGAGAAAAACUUUAUGACAACUAGAAGACGCUCUGAGUCGUAAGCGAAAAAAAAUCAAAGGAUUGCCUCGUGAUUUCUCUCUCUCCCAAUGAGAAGUAAGUGGCUACUUCGAGAAUGUGAUUAAUGUUACCGUCAUGGUAUCAAAGCACAAGCAUCUCACUACCAGGAAAUCAAUCCACUUACUUAUUUCAAAUUUUAUUUACCAGCUUUCAUGACAGCAUGAGGAAGAUUUCGAUCCCGACGCUGCCACUUUGCUAGGAGUCGACGUUCUUGCCGUUGAUGCAAAUUUAGUGCGUCGUGUUUACGCGGAAGAAAGGGAACGACGUGAACGAGAAAAGUGGAAUGAGAAGGCUGCAGUGGACGGCGAAGCGGAUGAUGUUAUUGAUAUUGAUCAUGAAGCAAAUAUGAGCCGUAAGCCUAACGCAGCAUUGCCAGACGACGCAGUUGUGGCCAAAAAUGUGGACUCCGGAGCGAGCCCCAAAACCGCUUCUAGAUCCAGUAAGCAAGAACGUCGGAAAAGAAAAUUGUUGGAGGCUCGCUAUUCUAGACCACUUGACCCCAAUUGUCAGGAUCUCUACACAGGGAAAACGCCAUUGAUUCUCGCUGUAGAAGCGCAAGACAUGGAGAUUAUCUCGCUCUUGUUGAGUCAUCCUUUUUGCGAUCUGUAUCGUACAUGCUACGAAGGAAUGACGGCGAAAAUGCAUGCGCUAUUGCAGCCCAUUGGUAUGAAUCGUGAUCGCAUCGUCACCAUGCUAGAUAAGGAGCGACUCCAAUGAAUAGCGUUUGUUUUCUUAAGACAUAACGAGUACACGUAGGUACGCAAAGCGGGGCUCAUUUUUAGGAUCGAGGUCUAGGUGUGAAGUAGGCCCAU